UGCCACAUAAUUAAACAUAAAUUUGUUGUUUUUUUCAGGCAAUGAUAAUGAAAUCAAAAUCAACAGCAGAGUUUGACCAGGUCGAUAUCCAAACAAAGGAAGAGCUGGACGGAAGAUUUACCAAGUACGCUGGAAAAACUAUCUUUGUUGCGUAUUAUGAUGCUGAUUAUCCAUGUACUGAUGAGUUAAAAGAUAGAAGAUGUCUUGCAUACUUCAAAACAUCAGUGACGAAAUCUGCACCCACAAUUGCUGAAACAGAUGGUCAUGAAAACCUUGUGCUUCUUUGGGUUGAUGUCAAAAAAAUCCACUUAGACACUGCUAAACAUUUCAAUGAAGUGUGUGCAAAAGCGGGAGUACCACAACUCCCAGUACUAUACGUGGAAUGGGAAGGGAGGUUGAGAGCUGUAUACAGACAAGAUCCCUCUGUAUCGUUCUAUGGAAAAGAUGACUGUGCAUCUCCUGGUAAAACUGAUAAGAAAGGAUCUGAAGGUGAAGGUGGACAAGCUGAAGGUGGUAAAGCUGAAGGUGGACAAGCUGAAGGUGGUAAAGCUGAAGGUGGACAAGCUGAAGGUGGUAAAGCUUAA